AUGUCGCCAUCAUGGAUGCUUCUGAUGCUAGCUGGCCCCCUAAUUGCCCUCAUCUCUACUGUUGAGGCUGGCAAACAGUUUGAUGGCCGAGUGAGAAUGUGCCCGCCCGGCGGAUCAUCAUUCACAAUGGCAUGGUCGAUGGCUUGUAGUAUGAGGAAAAAGAGGGAUGUUCAACAACAGAUUGAAGGAGAUGAUAUUGUCCCUGAAGAAGACGGAGAAUAUCAACGGGCCCGUCGCGCCUUCAUCGCCCCGUCUAUCCGACAGCUUCAACGGAUCUGCUGCAACCCGGGGUGUACUGUAUCCGAUCUUCUCGGCUAUUGUGGACCGUUGUCAGGAUGG